CUAAAAGUAACGGAAAUACGACUACUACCUAGUCAGAAAUUAUUGGAUGCAGGACAAUUUUCAAAUUUAUUAUAAAUAGCCGGAAAACAUUCAAAAGUAAACAUUACUCACUAGUCACGGAUGCAGUUGUGAACAUGGAAAGGUCUUAUGGUAUUGACGAUUAUCAACCAUCCAGAGGCAAUGGUUUAGGUUUUGGCCUAGAACCGUCAACAUUUAUAUCGGUACUGGCAUUUCUGGCGUUUCUGCUACAUGCGCUAUUAAUACUACUCAUACCUACAUUGAAGUCAUUUUUCGGAGGGCCCUUUUUCGGCCACGGGUAUGCCAACGGGAUCGGCUACAGUAAUGGAUUCGGUGGUGGCGGUGGUGGUGGAGGAUUCGGAGGCGGUCCCGGAUUUGGUGGCGUGGGCUAUGGAGGUCUGCAAAACGGAGGCUACGGGGCUGGCGGUGGUUUCGGUUAUGGGGCCGUUCCAUCCAUAUUGGGUGGCGUCAACGGCAUAUUGGGGACAGGACUGUUGGGCACCACGGGGUUAUUGGGCACGGGGCUGUCUGGGCUGUUUGGUCCUGGGGUUGCAGGCUUAGGGGGGGCUGCACCAGCGGCUGCUGCGGCGGGAACGCCGAUUACCCGUGGUGCGAGCAGGAGUAGAGCGGUCGACGGAGAAAACAGAACGUGGGUGUCCGAAGACGAGACGCAAGUUAAACCUAUAGCUGAAGUAGGCGGGUCAACGGGACGAAGUAUGAAGGCAAACAGAUUGUUGAGUAAAUGUAAUUUUUACUUUUGUUUACUUGGCAAAACUAAAUUUGAUCAUAUGUUAGUGUUACGAGAACGUAAAUAAUAAUAUAUAACAUAGUAUAUGGGUAAAGGGUUAUAUAAGGCGUGUCACGACGUGUUUGUCCUCAAACAGUCAUACUUACCAAAUAUAAUAGUAUAAUAUACGCAAAAAUACCUAAGUGGCUGUGUUGUCACUCAUCGCAACUAUGUAUAUAAAUGUAUAUUUCACUUUAACUCGCCGGCUCCUGCCAAAAUUUAGACUUGCACAACUAUUUGAAUAGGUACCUAUGAAAAAUUAAAAUUUAUCAUUUUACUUUUGAAAUAUUUACAUAAGCUGUUUAGAUUUAUUGUGUUGUAUUAUUAAGAAAAUUACUAUGAAAACAUUUUUACCAACAUUUUGUAUUAACU